AUGGCGCCAACGGUGGUGAGCGCCUCAAUUGGUGUGCUGGGUCCGCUGGUGGUGAAGCUCGGCAGUCUGCUCAACGGCCAAUAUGGUCGCCUCAAAGGGGUACGAAAAGAGAUUCUUGCCCUCAACCUUGAGCUAUCCACCAUAAACGCAGCCGUACAGAAGUAUGCGAUGCUAGAAGAUCCGGAUAUCCAAGUGAAGCAAUGGAUUUCCAUGGUCAGGGAGUUGGCCUAUGAUAUUGAGGAUCACAUUGACAAGUUCAUUCGCCGGCUCGGCAACAGUGGGCGUCACGGCGGCUUCAAAGAGUCCUUCCGUAGGAUUGCUCGUAGCCUGAAGACGCUUGGAUCUCGGCAUGGGAUCUCCGGGCAGAUCGAAGAAUUAAAGGCUCGAAUCAAGCAUGUGAAAGAUCUCAAGAACAGCUACAGGUUGGAUGAUGUUAGUUGUAGCACAUCUAACCAUAAAUCUGUUGAUCCACGGUUGUCUGCUCUUUUUGCCGAGAAGGCACACCUUGUGGGAAUUGAUGGUCCAAGAGAUGAUCUUGUCAAAUGGAUGGUGGAAGAAGGAAAAAACACUACCAGGAAGCAUCGCUGUGUGUUGUCUAUUGUGGGGUUCGGUGGAUUGGGAAAGACAACAUUGGCUAACCAGGUCUAUCAAAAGAUUGAAGGGGAUUUUGAUUGCCGAGCUUUUGUAUCCGUCUCACAGAAGCCAGAUAUAAAGAGAAUUAUGAAGGAUGUGAUAUCUCAAAUGUCAUGCAAAGAUGGAUGCAUAGAAGGUACAACCGACAAUUGGGAUGAAAGGAGAUCUAUUACAAAGCUGAGAGAAUUGCUAAAAGAUAAAAGGUACCUCAUCAUAAUUGAUGAUAUAUGGUCUACCCAAGCAUGGAACAAUGUCCAGUGUGCAUUUCCAGAGAACAAUUAUUCCAGCAGAAUUAUAAUUACUACACGCAUCAGUGAUGUAGCAAAGUCAUGUUGUUCAUGUACUACUGACCGCACAUAUAAUAUUAAAGCCCUGUCUGAUCUUCAUGCUAGAGAGUUAUUUUUCAAAAGAAUAUUUGGCUCCGCUGAUGGCUGCCCUGAUAUGCUGAAAGAAGUUUCAGAUAAAAUUCUAAAUAAGUGUGGAGGCCUACCAUUGGCAAUUAUUAGUAUAUCUGCUUUGUUGGCAAACAAAUGUACUGUCAAGGAGGAAUGGGAGAAGGUAAAAAGGUCAAUCGGUCAUGCACUAGAAAAACACCAGACUCUAGAGGGAGUGAGUACCAUACUAUCCCUUAGCUAUAAUGAUCUUCCGCCUAAUCUGAAGACAUGUUUGUUGUAUUUAAGUGUAUUCCCUGAGGAUUGUGUGAUUUCGAGGAAUAGUUUAUUGCGGAGAUGGAUAGCAGAAGGGUUUGUUUCUGAAGAGCGUGGGCGAAGCCAAUAUGAGGUUGCUGAGAGCUACUUUUACGAGCUUAUCAACAAAAGUAUGGUACAACCAGUGGGCGAGGUUAGCUAUGAUGGUAAGGUUCGUGCAUGUAAGGUCCAUGACAUGAUGCUUGAAAUUAUUAUUUCAAAAUCUGCUGAAGAUAAUUUUGUUACCGUGGUAGGCGAAGGUCGAACAAGUUUGUCAAAUCGUCAUCGUGUUAUUCGGCGAUUGUCAGUCCAAUACAGUGACAACGAGCUUGCGUUGGCUUUAGAAAAUGAGGAUCUAAGCCAUGUCCGAUCUCUAAUAGUAACCGCACCAGGUUGCAUCAAACAUUUGCCUAACCUUGCUAAAUUUGAAGCUUUGCGUGUACUAGAUUUUCAAGGUCUUGACGGUUUGGAGCAGUAUGAUAUGAACAGUGUGGAGAAGUUAUUCCAACUAAAGUACCUCAGCCUAAUGAACACAAACAUAUCAAGGCUACCGUUGGGUAUUGUGAUGCUAAGUGACUUGGAGACCCUAGAUUUUCGGGGUACGUUUGUGGAAGAGUUGCCAGCUGGAUUUGGCCAGCUAACUAAACUACAACACUUAUUGGCUGAAAAGAGAACAAAGAUACCAAGUGGGAUUGGGAAUAUGAGCAACUUACGGGAUCUCGGGAACCUAACCUAUUUAAGUGAACUCAGUGUAUAUUUGAAUUAUGGAGGAUAUGAUUUUGGAUCCAAAUGUGGAGGACUGGACGCAUAUAGGAUGCAUGAGGAGAAGCUAUUAUCCUCACUACACAAGCUAAUUGGCAGCUGCAAACUCCGUUCUUUAUCGAUAUAUAGUUCUGAUAGUUAUUCCCUCAAGUUCUUGGAAUCUUGGUCUAUGCCAUCUGCCCUUCAAAUGUUUCAUAUGAGCACUGACUACUAUUUCCCGAAUAUUCCAAAGUGGAUUUCACCAGCACUCACCAGCCUUUCUAGCCUGAACAUCAACUUAAUUGAAUUAACAGAGGAUGGUCUGCGCACUCUUGGGGAGCUCCCAGCCUUACUUGAUCUGAUCCUGACGUUAGAAACAGGAGCAAAUAAGUUUACAGUCCAAGGCAUUGGUUUCCCAAGUCUGAAGCAUUUGAAAAUCUGUUCAGGCCAAGGGACAUAUUUUGUGAAAGGGGCUAUGCCCAAGCUUGAGUACCUUGGGCUAGUUUUCCUGCCAGUGGGAAGAAAUUGCGGCUUUUAUAUAGGCCUUGCGCAUCUCCCAUGCCUCAAAGUAGUAAAGAUAGGGUUUCCACCUGGGUGCGGUACAAAGCCUGAAUUCAUCUCCGCAACGGCUGCAAUCAAGGAAGAAGUACAUGCCCAUACCAACCAUCCCAGAUUUGGUAUAUUUUAUAACUGGUUUAAUGAUAUGGAAAUGAGCAAGAGAGCAACAAGGUAAUAUGGACCUUAUCACCAACUUCAAGGUGGUAAUAAUACUAUUCAGUAAUCCUGUAACCUUUUGAAGCAGUGCUUGCUUGGACUCAGUGUGGUAUUGGAAGAGAAGAUGACAAA